AUGAGUGAUCCACUAGAGUAUCUUAAUGAAAUAAACUUCAAUACGAAAAAAUUUCCUCAGUAUACUCAUUUAAUAGAAACUUGCCCAUCUGAACAUGAAAAUGAAAAGACUAUAAGAAUUUGUCGUUGUUGGCAAUCAGGAAAAUUCCCAUAUUGUGAUGAUACACAUAAGAUUUUCAUUGAAAAUGGUGACAAUGUUGGUCCAUAUGUAGCAAAAUUAACUAGUUAUAAGUUAUCAGAUGAAGAAAAGUUAAAAAAGAAAAAAUACAAUGAAAAAUAUAUAAAAAUAAAUAAUAAAAUUCCCUAUGAAAAAUCUACAAAAUUAAAUUUUAAAUUAAAUUAUUCAUAUGUGAAUCAGAAAUUAAAGAAACCUAUUUUUUUAUCUUUUUUUGUUCUAACAUCUGCCAUACUAUAUACACAAAAAGAUCAAGUUACUAAUAUGUAUUCUACUCAUUAA